AUCACUGCCGGAUAGCAUGCCGGGCCUGGGCUUCGAGAGGCUCAUCAGGCGAAAGGGCGUGGAAGCCACUGGGACCUUAAGACUCGGUGGGCCCUACCCCGCUUCCCUCCGGGUGGCGGCGCUGUGACGAGCGACUGACAGGCGCAACGAAAGGCAGCCCUCUGCCGUCUGGAGAAAAACGGAGGCCUGGGCUACCCGCCUCGGGAGGAGGGAACCGAGGGCAGUGCUUGGGGCGAAGGCUGAAGGCGCGCGUGGGAGGCGGGGGCCCUGGGUGGAACGAGGGUUACAGGAUGUCAGAGAAAGAUGCCUCCCGGGAAGAGGCGGGCUAAAGCCUGGAUGCCAUCACCGGCCUCAAGACACGUGGGAGACGGGGAUGAGGCUGGUGUCAAAGCUCAAGGGUUCCAUGCCGAGUUCAGGGAGUUAGUUUGAUGUAGGAGGCCAUAGGUCUCAUACAGGUGAGAAGGCUCGAAGGGGUGUCACAAACCUAGGGAGUCGACUCUUUUGGGAGGGUCGAAGCUUCCCUAGGGAACAGCUCCAUCAGGUUAGAGUUCAAGAGGAUGGCAUCUUAUGGGGGCAAGGAGAGCCUGUCAGAAGUCACGGGAUUAGCGGGCCCUUUAAUGCUGUCGAUAGAUGAGCGACUUCACUUGAUUUACUAUUCUGUCAUGCGUGCUACUCUUUUGACCAGAGGGAUCCCAGUCACUAUGGAGGACCCGCAUCCUGAAGAGACCAUGGAGCAGCAGGAUUCGUCCAAGGAGAGGAGUCCCCGCAGUCCAGGAGGCGACAUCUGCCACCUGGGGGCCCCGCAGUGCACCCGCUGCCUCAUCACCUUCGCCGAUUCCAAGUUCCAGGAGCGUCACAUGAAGCGGGAGCACCCAGCGGAUUUCGUGGCCCAGAAGCUGCAGGGGGCCCUCUUCAUCUGCUUCACCUGCGCCCGGUCCUUCCCCUCCUCCAAGGCCCUGAUCGCCCAUCAGCGCAGCCACGGUCCAGCCGCCAGGCCCUCCACGCCAGUGGUGCCCACCGCUGCCCAGCCUACAUUCCCCUGCCCUGACUGUGGCAAGACCUUUGGGCAGGCUGCUUCUCUGAGGCGGCACCGCCAGGCGCAUGAGACCCGCACCCCUCCCGGCCCCUUUGCCUGCACUGAGUGUGGUCAGGACUUUGCCCAGGAAGCCGGGCUGCAUCAACACUACAUCCGGCAUGCCCGGGGGGAGCUCUGAGUGAGGGCUAAGCCCUCCCUAGGGCAAUGGGUGUGGGGGAGGGUUCUUUGGCUGCUAGAACCCACCUCUGAUAUGGGACGGGGGCCUUGGAAGGAUUUCCUUCCCUCCCUGGACAGGCAAAGGACUCCUGAUAAGUAGGACCCAGAAGAUGCUCAUCUACAGCUUCAGUCUUUGGAGGACACAAAGGCCUUCAGGGAUAUAGUGAAAUUAGUGAAAUCUUUUGUUUAAAAAAAAAUGAGCAAGCAAAAGGGAAAACUGUUAUUUGUAUCUCCCUCAUUCCCAAUUAAAUAGUUUGAAAUCAC